GUCUAGCCUUCUCCCCCCCCCCUGCUCCGCCAACACAACGCAACAGGCCAAGACGCUUUUUCAACUCUUCACUCGUUCGUUCGUUCGUCAACCUGGCUGCUCACUCUUCCUCGACCUCGUCUCCGUCACCGUCACCCAACCGACAGACAGACGCCAUCGAGCCCCGUCCCUCGCUUUGGCCUUUGCUCUUUCUCAACACUCGCUAAUCACUUUACGCCGCUCGCUUUUCCCUCCGUCGACCUGUCUGGCUUUGCUUCACUCACGCCGACACCACCGCGUCACUACUACUCUCGCUUGCUCUUCCUCGGCCUAGACUCGCACAUCACCAUCGAGUUUCAUUCAAAGAGGCUAAACCGCCAUCUCGACACGCCUCCCCUUGGCUGUCAUCAUCACCGACUUCGUCCGAUUGCCACGACGACCACCUUUCUCUCCCGUCCCCAAAAAAGCCCUUCGUCGCCAUUAUGCGUCCCACCGGAACCCUCCUGCAACUCGCCGUCUGCCUCUCUUCUCUCACGCCACUGACGGCUGCAUGGCCUGGAUGGCUACCUCAGAUGGAUAGCGUCGUCGUCCUCCGUCGAGCUGAUUCCUCUAGCACCGCUACCGAUGCCUCCGAGACGACAAAGGGUUCUGGCAAGGGUGUAACGACGAGAAACCUCAACACCGCCAAGGUUGAGGAGACUGGCACGAAUACCGACACCGCCACCGAGACCGGCACCGCAACCAAGAAGUCAAAGGCGACGGCCACCGGCAAGAAGGGCAAGACGACGCAUGCCCCCACACAUACCAGCUACAAUGUCGUUGACCCUGCCGGUGGUGUUACCAUGCUCACUCCCAUCACCACCGCCCAGCCCACUCCCCUCUACAUGAUUGGCAACUACAUCACCUUUGGCUGGAACUACACCUCGCUCCAGGGCACUCCGACUGCCGUUGAUGUCCUCGUCAGUUGUUCUACUGCUACCGAAACCUGGACUCUGACCCAAAACAUGACCUUUGAGACCAAGGCCGAGUUUGUCUGGGAUACUGCUGCUGAGGCUACCGACGCUAACCAACCCCUGCUGGUUGAGUUGUAUACCCUCAUCAUCAAGGACUCCGACGCCAGUAUCACCGAUACUGUCGACGCUGGGUACCUCGCUGCCUACAGUGGACUCAAGUUCGGCCUCUACACCGGCAAGCCUUACACUCCUCUGUCUGAGUGGUCGUGUGUCGGCUGCAAUGCGGCCCCCCCUAGCAUUGAUCGCCAUGGCGUGACCAUGGCCCUGACUGUCAGCGUCAUCACCAUUGCCUCCUUUACCUGGUUCGUCACCGGCCUCGGCUUGCACUGAUUGUCCAAUCCGCACUUGUUUUGGGAGUUCAUGUGUUUUCGAUUUUAUCUUAUAUAUAACCGGGGUUGGUUGUCUUUGGGUGGGAAAGCAUCGAGUGGGUAAUUUCUAUUUUUUGAGUAACUGCUAUUUAUUUUUUUGGUUUAGCCAGGACAAAUUUUGCAAAUCUUCACCUGGAGGCGUUAGCAGAUGGGAUGUUACAGGAUGGUACCGCGAAGGCAUGGGAAAACACUGCAGUUGGAUGGCUCACGAUCUGGUCGUCAGACAGUACAAUCAUGUAAUGAUUCUAUAU